AUGCCUCCCACAUUGCCUGCCUUCGCCCUCGCCCUCCUGCCCUCCUUUCUCCUCAUCCUGCUCCCCUUGCUGCUCCCCCAGCAGCCUCACCAGCAGACCCCGCAUAUCUGCAUCCAUGCACUCGCCACCAUGCAUGCGUGGAUCAUCAUUAUCCUCGCCACAAGGACGGGUGGAGGGGCAUGGAAGCAGCUGGGAGAGCUGAGGAGUAGCGAGUGGGAGGAGUACCCGGGGCGAGUGGGAGGAGUACCCGGGGCGAGUGGGAGGAGUACCCGGGGCGAGUGGGAGGAGUACCCGGGGCGAGUGGGAGGAGUACCCGGGGCGAGUGGGAGGAGUACCCGGGGCGAGUGGGAGGAGUACCCGGGGCGAGUGGGAGGAGUACCCGGGGCGAGUGGGAGGAGUACCCGGGGCGAGUGGGAGGAGUACCCGGGGCGAGUGGGAGGAGUACCCGGGGCGAGUGGGAGGAGUACCCGGGGCGAGUGGGAGGAGUACCCGGGGCGAGUGGGAGGAGUACCCGGGGCGAGUGGGAGGAGUACCCGGGGCGAGUGGGAGGAGUACCCGGGGCGAGUGGGAGGAGUACCCGGGGCGAGUGGGAGGAGUACCCGGGGCGAGUGGGAGGAGUACCCGGGGCGAGUGGGAGGAGUACCCGGGGCGAGUGGGAGGAGUACCCGGGGCGAGUGGGAGGAGUACCCGGGGCGAGUGGGAGGAGUACCCGGGGCGAGUGGGAGGAGUACCCGGGGCGAGUGGGAGGAGUACCCGGGGCGAGUGGGAGGAGUACCCGGGGCGAGUGGGAGGAGUACCCGGGGCGAGUGGGAGGAGUACCCGGGGCGAGUGGGAGGAGUACCCGGGGCGAGUGGGAGGAGUACCCGGGGCGAGUGGGAGGAGUACCCGGGGCGAGUGGGAGGAGUACCCGGGGCGAGUGGGAGGAGUACCCGGGGCGAGUGGGAGGAGUACCCGGGGCGAGUGGGAGGAGUACCCGGGGCGAGUGGGAGGAGUACCCGGGGCGAGUGGGAGGAGUACCCGGGGCGAGUGGGAGGAGUACCCGGGGCGAGUGGGAGGAGUACCCGGGGCGAGUGGGAGGAGUACCCGGGGCGAGUGGGAGGAGUACCCGGGGCGAGUGGGAGGAGUACCCGGGGCGAGUGGGAGGAGUACCCAGGGCGAGUGGGAGGAGUACCCGGGGCGAGUGGGAGGAGUACCCGGGGCGAGUGGGAGGAGUACCCGGGGCGAGUGGGAGGAGUACCCGGGGCGAGUGGGAGGAGUACCCGGGGCGAGUGGGAGGAGUACCCGGGGCGAGUGGGAGGAGUACCCGGGGCGAGUGGGAGGAGUACCCGGGGCGAGUGGGAGGAGUACCCGGGGCGAGUGGGAGGAGUACCCGGGGCGAGUGGGAGGAGUACCCGGGGCGAGUGGGAGGAGUACCCGGGGCGAGUGGGAGGAGUACCCGGGGCGAGUGGGAGGAGUACCCGGGGCGAGUGGGAGGAGUACCCGGGGCGAGUGGGAGGAGUACCCGGGGCGAGUGGGAGGAGUACCCGGGGCGAGUGGGAGGAGUACCCGGGGCGAGUGGGAGGAGUACCCGGGGCGAGUGGGAGGAGUACCCGGGGCGAGUGGGAGGAGUACUCGGGGCGAGUGGGAGGAGUACCCGGGGCGAGUGGGAGGAGUACCCGGGGCGAGUGGGAGGAGUACCCGGGGCGAGUGGGUGCAGAGCAGGAUGGUGCGGCCUCUGGCGAUUGGCCCGAACAGGGCGGCAUCGCUGACGUGGCGUGCCACGCGGGCAUCCAGCGCUGA